GAACUUCAGCACCUACCUUUGGUCGCCAGACGAGGUGCAAAUGAUGCGCACAGUUGGAAAUACCCGUGGGAAGGAGCUGUACCGACGAGGUGCUCCUCUGUCAUGGCAACCGCAAGACUCCAAGGAGCGCAAGGUGAAAAUUUGCACUGAGAUCUACGGGACUGAGGCUCUGGAAUUAGAGGAUCUAGAUACCAACAAAAAAGGAGAAGAAAAAACAGUGCUUUGUGAAGAUUGGAGUGGGGUGGCGCUGGAGGCUGUCCAGCGGGCGGUGAAGGAGAAUAUUGUGGUGGCCAGUCGCGCAGAGCAAGGCCAAGCUCCGGCCACGGCGCCAUCUACAGGAGGAUACACUUCUGGAACUAUGGCUCCUGCAGCUGGGGCCCAUACCAAGGAUCCUAGCCCAAACUGGCUGGAUGACUGGACAGUCCUAGGCAGUGAGAGCGUGGGAAAGACCAAGGAGAACUUGUUGGAUGGGUGGAUUGAAAGCCCUUGCUCAGUGAAGCCCACGUCGCCAGUUGUGCAGCAUGGCGAUGUUGCCUUCCAGAAGCCAUUGAAGCAAGAAGCGCCAGUGACGAAACAUCAGGAUGAUUUGGCUGAGGUGUUUGCAUCAGCCUUCCCGAUGCCCAAACCAGUUGCAGUAGAGAACCCUUUCCGCUGCGGCUGUGCACAGAAGUCCAGUGAUCGGGAGAAGGAUUUUUGGGAUUCUGUGAACUGGGAUGAGCUUCUCAGCUGAUUUCCCAGGGGACUGAGGCUCUGGCGGCCAAGUGGCAGAUUGUACAGACCCAAGCCGCCUGGCCAACAUGACACUGCUGUCUACAAAAAGAACCGGUUGGACACACCCGCAUUGGCGAAGGCACGGGUUGCGCAAGAGGGAAGUGAACAUUCAUUCAUUGGACUUCAUUGGUGUGAUUGAGGUUAAUUUAACGCAUGCGCAAGGGUUUUCGACCGUGCAACAUAUAACAGGGCGGGCCAAUGCGACUCUUUUGGCUCAAAACGCGAAG